AUAAAUCUGUCCACGUAUCGCUGCUGUACAACCCUUCACAUUUGGAAGCGGUCAAUCCCGUGUCGAUGGGCAAAACGCGCGCCAAAAAUCUGAUCAGUAGGUACGGCGAUUAUGGGAAUUUAAACGAAUUUGGAGACAAGAUAUUAAAUAUCCAGGUUCACGGCGACGCAGCUAUUAUCGGGCAAGGAGUAAACCAAGAGUGUCUCACACUAAGCGGAGCUCCUAACUUUAACAUCGGCGGCACUGUACAUUUGGUGGUUAACAACCAGGUCGGCUACACAACCCCCGGGGAUAGGGGUAGGUCAUCCAGGUAUUGUACGGACUUGGCGAAAGUUAUUGCCGCCCCCGUCAUACACGUCAAUGGAAAUUAUCCCGAGGAAGUUUACAAAAUAACGAAAUUGGCGUUUGACUAUCAAAGACGCUAUAAAAAGGACAUCUUCGUCGAUAUGAACUGUUACAGACGGUGGGGUCACAACGAAAUGGAUGAUCCCACCUUUACCAACCCGGCCCUGUACAAGGUCAUCAAUGCCAUGCGGACCGUACCGGAUUCGUAUGCGGCCAAAAUUAUCGAGGAAGGUGUGUUGAGCGAGCAACAAUGCCAAGAAAUUUACGAAGAACGUUUCGAAUGGUUAAACGAGGAGUUGCAGGCCAUCGAGGAUUAUCAACCAGAGGACGUGUACUUUCAACACCAAUGGGCCGGCAUCAGCCAGCCGGAAAACGCGAUAACCACCUGGGACACGGGCGUCGACACAGAACUGCUGGCGUUCGUAGGAGAAAAAUCAGUAGCGGUACCUGAAGACUUUACAGUUCACCCCACCCUAACUAGACACGUCAAAAAUAGACUGUCGAGAGUAGCGGAAGGGAUGAACAUCGAUUGGUCCACGUCGGAAGCGCUGGCAAUCGGCUGUCUACUCUUCGAAGGUUACAACGUGCGGAUCAGCGGUCAAGACGUGGGUAGAGGAACGUUUUCUCAAAGACACGCCAUGUUGGUCGACCAAAACACCAAUCAGAUGUUCAUUCCCCUCAAUUCGUUGUAUCCGGAACAAACCGCGAAUUUGGAAGUGGCCAACAGUAUUUUGUCCGAAGAGGCAGUGUUGGGGUACGAAUACGGAAUGAGCAUCGAGAGUCCCAAAAAUUUGAUAGUGUGGGAGGCACAAUUUGGAGAUUUCUUUAACGGCGCCCAAAUUAUUUUCGACACGUUUGUUACGUGCGGAGAAGCAAAGUGGUUGUGGCAAAGCGCCUUGACCGUUCUCCUACCACACGGAUACGACGGAGCAGGACCGGAACACAGUUCGGCACGGAUCGAACGUUUCCUGCAGCUGACCGACUCCAAAGACGACGCUGUCGACGGAGACGACGUGAAUCUACAGGUUUGCCACCCUAGUACACCUGCUCAAUAUUUCCACUUACUGCGACGACAGAUGGUGCGCAACUUCAGAAAGCCGUUGAUAGUCUUCACCCCCAAAACGCUGCUAAGGUCGCCGCUGUGCGUCUCUAGUUACCAGGAUAUGAUCAAGGGAACGCAUUUCAAACCAGUAUUAGGGGAUACUUCAUGCGAACCAUCUAGCGCGAGACGGUUAUUGAUCACUUCCGGAAAACAUUAUUACAAUUUACUGGAAGCAAAACAGUCGUUGGAAUGCGAAACUGUUGCCAUCAUCAGAUUGGAGUCGUAUUGCCCUUUUCCUACAGCAGAACUUUUGCAAGAGGUUCUGAAGUACAACCAUUUAAAAGAUAUACUCUGGUGCCAAGAGGAACCACAAAACAUGGGCGCAUGGAGUUUUGUGAAAAGACGGUUCGAGAACUUGAUCGGCAAACCGAUUAAAUUUUGCGGAAGACCAGCAUCAGCAACACCAGCGGUUGGGUUCGCACAAGUCCAUCUGGAACAGGCCAACGACAUAUUAACCAAACCAUUCCAAAUGUGAACAACUAUUAUAAAUUUGUGAUAUACAUUGUUCUUUAACUAUAGAUAAUAUAUAUUUGUGU